UGCAGCUGGAGGGACAGGAGCUGUGCAGCACAGCGGAGGAGACAGGGUGGAUGAAUGCAGCCAGAGGAGGAAAAGGAGAGGCAGAAGGCCUCGGCUCGCUCAAGUAUAUCCACAACACUCCUGUUGACUACAAGGUCCACUGCUCAGAGUUCAUGGAGUUUGCAGAAGUGCAGAAUCUUCAUGAUUUUUACACCUCUGAGGGGCAUUUCAUCCAUACUCAGGACCACAGAGGGUUUUCCGUCAUGUACGACGCUGCUCUGCAGGACCUCGCAGAGUUAAUGAAUGAGCUUCUCCUCAUCAGCUCACACUUCAUCCACAGAAAUGCAGUUAAACAAAUCGUGAAAACUGAUCGCACGUCAGCCUCAACAGCAGACAUCGAUUCCUGGGCUGGGACAGAUGUUGACCGUGUUGCUGUGCUUCUUGAUUUGUGGACAUGUGAGACUGAGUUCCUGGACAGCAAAGUGCAGCUUUUGAACUGUUACUAUGAAGCCUACCAGCAUGCAGCAGGGACUGAGGAGAGGUUUGCAUUGGCACAAGUUAUCACUGACAUCAUGCACAGGAGGCCGCAGCUGGACCUGAACCAGGAUUACUUUGUUCGGGCUUUCAGGGCAGAGAUCGACUGCAUGCAGAGUCACCAGCAGCUGAUUCGAUACAUUCUGGACAAUCAGAUAGAGAGACAGCGACUGUACCUUCAGCGCAUCUGGAGAAAUGACUGCAAAAGCUUCUUGACCAACUAUGGUCGUCCACCUAACUAUGUUCCCCAAUAUGUGGUCUCACUUGGAGGCAGCAGGCCUGCACUGAUGAAUGUUUUCCUCCUAGAGGUUCAUCCAUCACUCUGUCUGGCCUCUGCAGUCUAUGAAGGGUUGGUUCAGGCUCACACUGAGCUCUGUCAGUUGCACCGAGCCACGAGCAUCACUGCUAAACUCCACCUUGAACAAAAACUCUUGGAGCAGGCACUGCAGAGCUGGAACAACCUGACUUCAGCAGGAGCCUCCUACAGCUCUCAAAUACAAAAAGAUCUGUUCUCAGGCGUGUUUAUCGAGGAUCCGAUUUUGGUCCAGAAGGUGGGCCUGUCACUGGUAAAAUCAGCAGAGGAGAGCGAUGUGAUGCAAGAACAAGAGAAGCAGUUGUAUGCUAUGGAAACUUUGUCCAAGCUGCUGGAGCUCGUGACUGUCCGCCAUCGCCUGCUGGAAUCAGCCUCAGAGACGGCACAUUUGGCACAGGAGGCAUUCCUCUCCUCUGGUGAUGUUACUUCCUACCAGAGUGUGAGUGACAACAUGACGAAUGCUCUCCCUCUGCUGAGUAGCUGCAUCCGGACUGGCGUCUUCAGUCUCAUGCUGCCUGUUCCUCGACCUUUGGAGAAUCAAAGCUGCCAGGCACAGAUGAUGUAUCCAUGGAGGAGUUUUAUAGCUUGUCACGGACUGCUCCCUCUGCACAUCUGGGAUGUCCCACCUAUUGAAUACUGCGUGCAGCUCUGUUUGAGCGGCCUGAGCAAUCGCAGUAGACUGCAGGCCAAUGCUGCAAUCCUCGGGGUCUCUCAGCUCACGGAGGACGUCCUGAGCAGUAGCAGAGAGGCAGAGCCUGUUCGUCUCCAUGGCAACAAAGAUGACCUUCAGCAUGGCUGCACACCUAAUGAAGUAAGGACUGUUUUUAAGUGCCAUAACAGCGACGGAAAUAAAAGCUGCACGGAAGAUGAAGAACGAAAGACUGAUUUCUCAGUUCUUCAGGAGCCGAUCAGAAUCCAGUCUGUGCUGAAAGGUUUCCUCCUGCUGACGAAGCAGCUGGGGGUCUUCAGGGAGAGCUGGGCUCGAAGACGUUUGGGCAUCGAUGUCUUCGAUACACCUGCCCUCUAUCAACAGUUUGUAAAACUUUACAGAGGUGAAAUCUUUUACCCCAGUAUGAGAGCUCUGGCUAAACAAAUGGGUAAAGAGCACCACUAUGAGGUUUUAAUCUCUGGUAGCCAGUCUCUUCUGCCCCCUCCUGGAGCUGCCGAGGUUGAUGUGAAAGCCUGGCAGCUCCACUUGCUGAUGGAGAGCACAGAGUGCGAUAUGAUUAGAGCGCUCCAGAAGAAGAUCAGCAGAGAGCUCACACUAGUGCUUUCAGAGAGAACUCAACCAGAUAAUCAGCUCCCCACAGAGCUAUGGAAAAGAAGUCAGAUGAAGUACAGUUUGUCCCCUGAGCGGCCACAGAUGGUGGAAACAUUCAUUCAGCAGCUGAUGCAGGGAGCUGAGCAGGCGGAUGGAGAGCUCAAGGUGUCUCGGGACCAUCUGCAGCAGUGUCUCGCUCACCUCGGCUCCUCGCUGAUGGAGCGAGAGCGCCACAGCUUUCUGCUUUACUCACAGUUUUAUGAACAGAUCCUGCAGCAGCACACUCAGCUUCUGUACCAGAAAGAACAGGAUUUGAAGAGUCUGAAGGACACUCAGAUGAGUAACGCUCACAAAGAGGUGGCAAAUUUAUGCCGUGGGAUGAUGUUGGAGAUCUCAGGCCUGCAGGCCCAAGUCGCUCAUCUGGAAGAAGAGAAAAGGACUUUAGAGGACCAAUUCAGUCUCAAAUUCAAAGAACGCUACAACCCUCUGGUCCAACACCUUUUCUCUACCUGCAUCCAGCUAAAGGCCAGACUUGAUGAGUAUCCCCGACAGAUGGAGCGGGACAUGAGUGUGAUGGUGAAUAGAGUACGGGGGGAGGGAGUGGACAAGAUCAUCAAGCUUAAGAAGACCUAUGGCUGCACCAAAGACAAUGAUGGACUCAACCUCACACAGUUAAAGAAAGAAGAAGUCCAUGAGUUGAACCUGGAGAACAGCCGGCUGACUGCUCUGCUCUGUAAACUGAGGGCUCUGAGACGCUGGAGGCAGGUGGUUGACCAGGAGAAACUUCACAGACAGCUGCUCCAAACCAAGCAGAGGGAGGUUACCACUCGUAUUGAGGCUCUCAGAGUGAAAAUGUUAUCUGAGGAGAAGGUGGUUUUCCUGCAGGAGGAGCUGGACUUUGCACAGCAGGCACUGACCCGUUGUCAGGCUGAGUGCAGCAGCACCAAGAAGCUGCUCAGCAGGAAGAUGGAGGAGCUCCAGGUGGCCAGGCAUCGGUCUGCACAGGAGUCCCGCAGCAGACAGGAGCUGGACAGUUAUCGAGUGCAGACCUUGGAACAAAUGAGAGCCGACGUGGAGGACAGAGACAGACAGCUCAGGGUCCUCGGUGAGCAGCUGGACAGAGGCAGCAGGAUAAACAGACUAGAAAGACAGCGCAGCGCCAAAGAGAUCCGGCAGGUGAGGGGCCAGCUACAGCAGGAACGCAGCUUUAAACAAGAGGCCUUUCAGCAGUUGGAUAAACUGCACAACCAGGUGAACGGUAUGGAGGUAGCUCCCUCCAGAAGGGCGUCAACAACAGGUCAAAGCAGGACUUAUUCCACGCUGUCAGUUAGCAGACUGAGUACUAGAAGUCCCUCAGCAGGUCUACACUGGAACAGUCAGCAUUCAGCCCUGCAGCUUGGCAGCCUCACAAACUACACUGCCUAUCAGGACUUUGCAACAGAGCCAAGACAGCAGAGAGCAGAAAUAGCCAGAGGGCAUUCAAACCCCAAAACAAAUAGAUCUAAAGCAGAUCUGUGUCGCCUGCAUCUCCUGACUGCUGAGGCGUUGUUUCCAAAAAAGUGCAGCGGUAAAUGACACCCUUGGUAUUUAACAGUGCAG